AUGUCGAAAAACAUAAAAACGCCCACCAAUCAAAAGGUCCUCACCAAUGUGGCCGUGGUGCGGAUGAAAAAGAUGGGGAAACGGUUCGAGAUUGCGUGCUACAAGAACAAGGUGCUGAACUGGAGGAAUAAGAGUGAAAAAGACAUUGACGAGGUGCUGCAGACGCCCUCCGUCUUCUCCAACGUCAGCAAGGGGCAAAUGGCAAAGAAGGACGAGAUUAUGGCAGCUUUUGGAACCGACAACCAGUUGGAAGUUUGCCGAUUGAUUCUGGACAAGGGCGAGCUGCAAAUUUCGGACAAAGAGCGCCAGACGACGUCAGACAAUUCGGUGAAAGAGGUAGCCUUAUUAAUCGCGAAUAUGGUGGUGGAUUCGGAGACGAGCCGGCCCGUGGCCCCGUCAACAAUUACGAAGGCGCUCACCGAUAUCCACUUCUCGUUGAAGGCGAAUCGGAGCGCGAAACAGCAGGCGCUCGAAAUGAUCCCGAAACUCCAGGAAUCGCUCCCGAUCGAGCGCGCCAAGAUGAAGCUCAGGGUCGCAUGCCCGGCAAAGGAAGGCCGUGCCCUCAUUGGCCGUAUGAAGCCGCUGUUCAAUGAGGUCGAGGUCGAGAAUUGGGACGAGCAGGGACUCGAGAUGGUUGGCCUAAUCGAGCCCGGCGCCUACCGCACCAUCGAUGAGAUGCUGCGCAAGGAAACGAAAGAGGCGGGCCGGCUCGAGAUUUUGUCGCUGAAGCACGUCGUCGACGGCGAGCUCGAAAUCUCC